AAAAACGGAUUGGAUAAUCGGCGAUAGGUCCGUACUUUGUUAUUGGGGGGGAUCGGUUCUGGUUGGUGGGGGUCUUCGGUCAAAAAAGAGAAAAAACGCAAUAUCAUUUACGGGGACGAAGAACAAAGAGCGGUAUCACAAAGUCGGUGUUUGGGAAAAACCCUAGACUCCCUCCCCCAAUUCGAUCAGGCAAAAUCGGUCCCUGGGGAGGUUAUGUGCUGGUUUGAUGGUUGAUUAAAUUAUUGGUCCGGAGGAGAUUUUGUACUUUCUGGGCCUUAAUUUUUGGCGGUGAAAAUGGAUUUGGUAACUAGUUGCAAGGAAAAAUUGGCAUAUUUUCGAAUAAAAGAGCUCAAAGAUGUUCUCACCCAAUUAGGUCUUUCGAAGCAGGGGAAGAAGCAGGAUCUUGUUGACCGGAUAUUAGCGCUUCUUUCUGAUGAACAAGUUUCUAAAAUGUGGGCAAGGAAGAAUGCAGUUGGAAAGGAACAGGUGGCGGAACUUGUAGAUGGCAUCUAUAGGAAAAUGCAGAUUUCUGGUGCCCCUGAUUUAGCAUCAAAAGGACAAUGCAUCUCUGAUAGUAGUAAUGUGAAAAUAAAAGGCGAAAUUGAGGAUCCCUACCAGUCAGAUAUAAAGGUUCGCUGUCUCUGCGGGAAUUCAUUAGAGACAGAGUCAAUGAUUAAGUGUGAAGAUCCAAGAUGCCAAGUGUGGCAACACAUGGGUUGUGUUUUAGUUCCAGAGAAACCUAUGGAAGGCAAUCCACCAGUUCCUGAGUUAUUUUAUUGUGAACUUUGUCGACUAAGUCGGGCUGAUCCGUUCUGGGUAACCAUUCAACAUCCUUUACAGCCCGUUAAGUUGAAUCCUACAAAUAUUCCAACUGAUGGUUCGAAUCCAGUGCAAAGUGUGGAGAAAACAUUUCAACUCACAAGGGCAGACAAGGACUUGCUGUCUAAACAAGAAUAUGAUGUUCAGGUUUGGUGUAUGCUUCUAAAUGACAAAGUUGCAUUCAGGAUGCAAUGGCCGCAACAUGCAGAUCUACAGGUCAAUGGUAUGCCUGUUCGUGCGAUCUUUAGACCUGGCUCCCAACUUCUUGGUGCUAAUGGUCGUGAUGAUGGUCCAAUUAUCACACCAUACACGAAAGACGGAUUUAAUAAGAUUUCCUUAACAAGAUGUGAUGCCCGUAUUUUCUGCUUAGGGGUUCGUAUUGCAAAGAGACGCACUUUGCAACAGAUUCUCAGUCUGAUUCCCAAGGAGUCUGAUGGUGAGCGUUUUGAAGAUGCGCUUGCUCGUGUGUGUCGUGUUGUUGGUGGUGGGACUGCAAUGGAUAAUGAUGACAGUGACAGUGAUUUGGAAGUUGUUGCAGAUUCUUUUACUGUCAAUCUACGUUGUCCGAUGAGUGGUUCAAGAAUGAAGGUUGCUGGGAGAUUCAAGCCCUGCCCUCACAUUGGCUGUUUUGAUCUUGAUGUUUUUGUGGAAAUGAAUCAACGUUCAAGGAAGUGGCAAUGCCCUAUUUGUCUUAAGAACUAUGCGCUGGAGAAUGUCAUUAUUGACCCUUAUUUCAACAGUAUCACUUCAAAGAUGAGGUAUUGUGGAGAGGAUGUAGCAGAGAUUGAGGUGAAGCCUGAUGGUUCUUGGCGAGUUAAGACUAAAAGUGAAAGUGAUCGUAGGGAGCUUGGGGAACUUGGACGGUGGCACCUUCCUGAUAGCACACUUAGUGUCCCAACAGAAGGAGAAAGUAUCCCAAAGACAGAAGUGUUGAAGCUGGUCAAACUGGAAGGUGUUUCAGAAGGUCGUACUGGAUUGAAACUUGGAAUCAGGAAGAAUCAUAACGGCUUUUGGGAAGUCAGCAAACCUGAAGAUAUGAACACUUCUUCUGGUAAUAGAUUACAAGAGCAGUUUGCAGACCACGAGCUAAAAGUUAUCCCAAUGAGCAGCAGUGCCACUGGAAGUGGUAGGGAUGGUGAAGAUGCGAGUGUAAAUCAGGAUGGUGGUGGGAACUUUGAUUUCUCUACUAACAAUGGGAUUGAGAUGGAUUCUUUUUCUCUGAAUGCGUAUGGAUUUUCGGGACAAAAUCUUUCUGCACCAGUUGGAGACGCAGAAGUUGUUUUACUUAGUGAUUCUGAUGAUGAUAUAAUGCCCUCUGGAACCAUAUAUAGGAAUGACAGAACUGAUGCUUCUGAGAUUAGUUUUCCUGUGGCGCCUUCUGGAAUUGCUGAUUCAUUUGGUGGCGAUCCCACGCUUGGAACUGGUGGGAACUCAUGCAUGGGUCUUUUUGGCAAUGAUGAUGAUGAGUUGAUUCCAUUCUGGCCAUCAUUACCUCCCGGAACUCAAUCUGGCCCCGGGUUCCAGUUAUUUACUUCUGAGGCAGAUGUACCGGAUACCCUAGGUGGUCUGCAGCAUGGUUCCAUCCAUUGUUCCACAUCUAUGAAUGGAUACACUCUGGCUCCAGAAACUACCAUGGGAUCUGCUACCCUAUUACCUGAUUCGUUUGUUGCACAUUCAGAUGUUGACAUGAACGGUGGCUUAGUUGAUUAUCCAAUGGCAUUUCCUGGUGAUGACCCUUCUCUUCAAAUUUUUCUUCCCACAAGACCAUCGGAUGCAUCAGUUCAUUCUGAUUUGAGAGAUCAGGCUGAUAUGUCAAAUGGUGUCCACACUGAUGAUUGGAUAUCUCUUAGGCUUGGGGGCGACGCCAGUGGCAUCAAUGGCACAUCAGCAACUCCUAAUGGUUUGAAUUCUACUAGAGUGCAAAUGCCAUCCAGAGAAGGUGCCAUGGAUUCUUUGGCUGAUACAGCUUCUUUGCUUCUCGGUAUGAAUGAUGGUAGCGGAUCUGACAGAAGUAGGCGAAGAUCCAAUAGUCCUUUCUCAUUUCCUCGCCAAAAACGUUCUGUGAGAUCGCGAUUGUAUCUUUCUAUUGACUCGGACUCUGACUAGUGGAACUGGAACUUGUUUUGAGAACUACCUUUUUGGAUUUUUUGUCUUAUUAUCUCCCUGGGAUUCAAAGCGUAUCCUGGAGUAAUCUUAUGAUUGAGACAGAGUCUAGUUUUGGGUUUAUAGUUGGAAGAAUGCUGACAGACAUUUGGUUCCUGGCAAGAGAUGAAGUUUUUGGUGUGGCACAAGGCAUCCGAGGUAGAACAAAGCGAUACAAGUAUACAGGGCAUCCAAGUACACUGCGUUGUCGCAAAACUUGCGCUGGCACCUGCAGAAAUUUCCCAUUGGUUUGCGAGUUUUAUUCCUUUUUUUCAUAUUCUGUUAUCCUGCUUAUGCAUCAGUAGAAGUGCUUCGGAUGCCUGUUUAACUGACAGGAUUGUUCGAGUUCCUCUCGGAAAUGAUCUGCAGGUUCGGUGCUGGUGUUGUACAGGAGAUUGUGAUUAGAAUCCGGAAAACUGGGAUGUAGUGGGGGAAACUUUACGAAACAAAUUAAAAGAAAAUAGAUGCUUCGUCGUCUCGGUUUUAUAGUGAGAAGCAAUAGCCUGUAAAUAUUCACUCGGUUUCCACUUGUUUAUUUAUAGUCAUUUUUUGAAAAUAAUCGAUAUAUUUCUGGUUGGUCAGGGUUUUAA